UCAUAGAAUAAAGGGUUAGCUAGUAAACACAUAUAACGGGGAUAGAUCCAAUGUGCGUAGAAUUAAGAAUGAGGCAUAAAAUGAAUAUGGUCCUAAUAACCCUGGCUAGCUCUGCCCUAUCUUCACCUUAUUACAUGAGAGAGAGGGACGAUCAUGUUGACCCCCAGCUAGGAGAUGACUUGGACGAGGAAUCCCAAUUCAUGGGUCAUCUUAUCCUUUCUCCAGAGCGGGAACUAUACCUGAGCCUUCAACCCUACUCAGAAGAAGACCUGGAGAACAACCCUAUCCAAACCAAACCUCAUCAGUUAGAUCAUGAGUUUAAAUCUUCUCAUGAUUUGACCGAUCUGAAGAAUUUGACCUCUAAAAGAUCGCCUGCUCCUGAUCCCGCAGGUGAUCAAGACGGAAAUGGAUUAACUCUAUCUAUCACCGCAAAUAUGGACGCUCUUAGGUCUAAACUGUUACGAGAGCUAUUGAGAAGAGAAAGGGAUGGAAAUGGAGGUAUUGGAGAGAACCAUCUCCGAAGAGUCGGAUAGAUAUUCCUCCAUUCCUUGUACUUUAUAAUGACAGUUCCUUUCAGGUUGACAAGACGAGUCCAGGUUUCCAGAUUGUAGAGGCUGAUUCUAUCCUCCCCUCUCCUCAUUCAUACAUUCACAAUACACAACCAUUUAAAGAUUAUUGUAGACAUUUUAGAAUUCAUAAAAUAAAUAUUCCAAUUAUAAUA